CUUGGUGAAUGCAGCGAGGGUUCUACCAUUGGUCUUUAACUCUUCCACGUCUUUCCUACUGUUUUAUGGCAAUUGUUUAGGAGAUUCGUUGAACUAACAAGCUAGCUAGACAACACACUAGAAUAAAGACUUGGAGACAGAAUGGCAUCAGAAUCUCCGCGCAGACCAAGCCGCUGUGCUGGAGGGGUUGUGGUGCGAGCACAAGCUGCCACUGAGCAGUCGUAUAUGGAGAGUGUUGUGACCUUCCUCCAAGAUGUGGUCCCUCAGGCAUACACUGGCGCACCCCCAACUGAUGAAAAAGAGAAAAUAGUUUGGGUCAGAUUUGAGAAAGCCGACAUCAAUGAUACAUCCCGCUCCCCAGAGUUCCUGGAGAUGCACAGUGGCAGCAGUGACCCUCCCCUCUGCCUCAUGAUUGGUUAUGCAGACGGGAUGCAGAUCUGGAGCAUAUCCCUGGGUGGAGAGGCCCAGGAGCUUUUCUCUGUGCGCCACGGACCUGUGAGAGCUGCCCACAUCCUGCCAGCGCCCCAUAUCAGUCCGCUGAUGAUUGAUAGUUUUGCGGACAAAAGGCCUCUCCUGGGGGUGUGCAAGAGUACCGGGUCCUCGGGGACCAGCCCCCCAUACUGCUGUGUGGACCUGUACUCUCUGAGGACAGGGGAGAUGGUCAAGUCCAUCCAGUUCAAGACGCCCAUCUACGACCUGCACUGCAAUAGGGAGAUUCUAGUUGUCGCCCUGCAGGAGAAGAUUGCUGCAUUCGACAGCUGUACCUUCACCAAAAAGUUCUUUGUUACAAGCUGCUUUCCAUGUCCGGGCCCCAACCUAAACCCCAUAGCACUGGGAGGACGCUGGCUAGCCUACGCUGAGAAUAAGUUGAUCCGGUGUCACCAGUCUCGAGGCGGGGCCUGUGGGGACAAUGCCCAGUCUUACACAGCUACUGUCAUCAGCGCUGCUAAAACCCUAAAGACUGGUCUCACCAUGGUGGGGAAGGUGGUGACCCAGCUAGCUGGUACUCUACCCACUGGCGCCCCUGACGAGGAGGGUGCUACCCCCCACAGCACCACCCGCCGAAGCCCCCAUGCCCCCGGAGUAAUCACCGUCAUUGACACACACAACGUCGGAGAGGGACAGGUCCUGGUGAGUGAGGACUCAGAUGGAGAGGGAGUGGUGGCCCACUUCCCAGCCCAUGACAAACCCAUAUCCUGCAUGGAAUUCAACCCCAGCGGUAUGCUGCUGGUGACUGCAGACACCCUGGGCCAUGACUUCCAUGUGUUCCAGGUCCUCACACACCCCUGGGCCUCCAACCAGUCUGCUGUCCUCCACCUCUACACACUGCACCGCGGAGAGACUGAGGCCAAGGUCCAGGACAUCUGUUUUAGCCAGGACAGUCGCUGGGUGGUGAUCAGCACACUGCGUGGCACCUCCCACGUCUUUCCCAUCAACCCCUACGGUGGUGCGCCUUGCGCCCGCACUCACAUGUCCCCCCGCGUGGUCAACCGCAUGUCCCGCUUCCAGAAGAGUGCAGGGCUGGAGGAGAUAGAGAAUGAACUGAACAGCAAGCAGGCUGGAGGAGGGAGAUGCAGCCCCAUCCCUGGGCUCUCCAGCAGUCCCUCGGGGUCCCCACUACACGGAGCAAAAUGCAGAAAGAAAAGUGAAAAUAGAGCUAAACUCACCAGCCAGGAGUCGUACAACAACUUCACCAACAACAACAUGGGUAACCCUCGUCUGUCCCCUCUGCCCAGCCUUACCAUAGUGCUGCCCCUGGCACAGAUCAAGCAGCCCAUGACCCUGGGCACCAUGACCAAGCGCUCCGGACCUUACCUCUUUGGGGCAGGAUGUUUUGCCAUUAAAACUCCAUGCAAAGCCAAGCCUCUCCCUCAGAUCUCCCCCAGUAAGUCCAGUGGAGGAGAGUUCUGUGUGGCUGCUGUCUUUGCUGCCUCACGCUCAUGGUACAUGACCAACCCCAACAUGAAGAGAGAGAAAGACCAGUCCAGCCGGUCAGUGGUGGAGUCCCUCUACAUCCUCAGUUGCUAUGGCACCCUGGUGGAGCACGUCCUGGAGCCUCGGCCAAUCAGCACAGCCCAGAAGAUCAGCGAUGACACACCCCUGGAGCUCAACACAUGUCCACGGGCCUGCUGGAGCCUGGCCAGGACUCCACUGUGGAAUGAGCUGCAGCCUCCCUUUCUCUCCAACCACCCUCUGGUGCUGGCCUCUGACCUGGUGCAAUAUUACCAAUACCUCCUGGCUGGAUUGGUGCCCCCUGGAAGCCCUGGCCCUAUCACGCGCCACGAGUCUUACGACAGCCUGACGUCGGACCACAGCGGACAGGAGGACGAGGAGUGGCUCUCACAGGUGGAGAUAGUCACCCACACAGGGCCUCACCGUCGGCUGUGGAUGGGUCCUCAGUUCCAGUUUAAGACCAUCCACCCAUCUGGUCAGACUACGGUCAUCUCCUCCUCCUCCUCUGUGCUGCAGUCCCAGGGCCCCAGUGACAUUCAACAGCCUCUGUUGGACUUCCACACUGAUGACCUGGACCUACACAGUCUCAGGAUCCAGCCCGUGCGUUCUGAGCCGGUCAGCAUGCCUGGUUCCUCUCGGCUGGUGGCUGAACGGAGGGGACAGGGGACGGUCAUUGAUAUAGGAUCGGGGACGUUUGACCGCAGUGUGACCCUGCUGGAGGUGUGUGGAAGCUGGCCAGAGAGCUUUGGCCUGCGUCACAUGAGCUCUGUGGAGUCCACCGAGGAGGGGCUGAGAGAGAGGCUGGCAGACGCCAUGUCAGAGUCACCAUCCAGAGACAUAGUGGGCUCGGCUACCGAGCUCCAGAGGGAGGGCAGCAUUGAGACUCUCAGCAACAGCUCUGGUUCCACCAGCGGCUCCAUCCCCCGUAACUUUGAGGGCUACCGCUCUCCACUGCCCACCAACGAGAGCCAGCCCCUCAGCCUCUUCCCCUCCGGAUUCCCCUAGAGGAGAUAAGGAGACAGCCUGCCUACCGCCCUACAAGACCUGGGGUCAAAUACUAUUUGAUAUCUUUCAAAUGCUUUGAGAGUUUACUUUAGUCUGCCUGGAAUCCCUGAUGGGAGGGGACUACAUUUUGCCAACUGUUCUAUUGGUUCCAUUACGCCAGACAAGCUCAAUAAAUCCCAGAUAAAGAAUGAAAUUAUUUCAAAAAGUAUUUGAACCCAAGUCUGCUAACUACUGUCCAUCCUACCGCUUCACACAGCACAGCCGGACAGUCUUGAUGGUCUCUCACCAUGUUGAUAUUCAUUAGGAUGUUAUUGUGAGCACUGGUCCCCUCCUCUCUCUCUCUCUCUCCAAAUCCAGGAACUGUCCAGUGUUUCUCUCACCUGCCGAUGUGUUUAUGCUUAUGUGUGUGUGUUUGGGGGGGGAAUAAUGUGUCACAACGCGUGUGUUUCAUUUUGGGUGUGUGUGCUGCUCCGUGUGAGAGAGAAGGCUGAGACCGGGUGUAUUGAGUGAGCAGUGUGUGACUCAGUCCCUCCUGUGUGUGUGUAUAAAAAGUGCUCUGAUGAUCAUGGGUGUCCCAAAUGGCACCCUAUUUCCUAUAUAGUGCACUAAAAGGCUUAUUCCUUUCUUGUAUACACACACCUCAAACAAAAGCACACGCUUGUACGCUGAAUAAUUACUUUGCCGGCUUGCUUUUCUUAGUGAAUGAGUCAUUGCUGGACUUGACCAGACCACAUAUGACUUGAUAUGAAGUCUGAUCUGAUGCACUAGUGAGAACAGAAAGAAAGGCUUAAAACAGACUCUGAAUAAUUGGUCACUAAUUUUGUAUGCGGUGUUAAAAACACGAUACAAUCCUAGUCCUUUGUCUGGGGAAUGGAUGACUGGCUGACUACAGGGGUCUGUUCUGAAAAAUGCAACGUUACAGGACUUUCGGGUAGAAAUACAUUUUAUAGAUCAGAUAUGUCCUGUAGCAAAAGGAGUCAUUGCAGAUCUAUAUAUUAUAUUUAUAUCUGCAAUGUUUCACCCUAUUGAACACAGCCAUGUUCCCGUAAUUCUGCUUGUUGAAUCAGUCGAUGGCUACUGAUGCUUGGUCACUGGCUAAUGUAACAUAAAAGGGUCAUGAUUAAUUGAUCCUUUUUAAUGCAGAACACAUGCUUAUUAAUACAUUUUCACUGUAAUAUUGAUUUUGUACAAUACUGAGUAGUUAUUUGCUAUACAUUUGUGUUAAUGAAAUACUGAAGACUUGGAAAAUAGUUUGCUGUGUUAUAUUAUCACCCCUGGAUAUUCAAUGAUUUCAUAUAUACUAAGUAAAUAUAACAGCUGCAUAGUCAUUGUUUUAAUCACGUGUACAAAAGUUAGCAGCUUGUGCUUCUGUAAAUGUAAAGAGACUUCUCGUUUCAUUUAAAGAAAAUAAAUAAACCACACCAAAGCCAGUA